CCAAACUCUGUGCUCAAGCGGUUUGCUGGAAACUUUUCUCAGUUUUCAGUCUUUGAGGUCACAUUAUAGGAUGAGUGGUGGACGGGCUUCAGAGGGCGCUGGCUGCAUCACCUGGUGGGGCUUCAGUCCUGCGCGCGACCUGCUGAGUACGGGCCCUGUGAGACAUGAAAGCAAUGUCAACAUUUUAUUGGCUGGCAGUGGAGAUCCACGACAUAUUUUGAAGACCAUUUCUAGUUUGCGGGAUGAAGAAAGUCUUCACGUGUGGGUGAUAGAAAACAGCAUGGAUUUGGUGGCGAGACAGCUGUUGCUCCUCUACCUGGCGCUGAUGCCAAAGGAAAGCAUGGGAACGAAUGAGAAGACAGAGGUGUUCCUGGAGGUGUUUGGGAACGGUGAGAUCCGCAGUCAGACAGAGGAGACGCUGAGACAUGCAGCAUCGCAGCUCUCUCUGGCUGUUACUGAAACACUGGAGACAGCCACGCACCCCUGUCUGAACACGACUCUUCUCAAGUUCAAGGAGCGAGAUGAGCUGGCCAGGAUAUUCAAACUGUGGAUCCAGCCACGGCCUUCAUCGUCUUCAUCUACUUGUGCUGCUCCUAUCUUAAUGUCCAAAGUCUGGGAUUAUCGAGUCAGGCAGCACCUUGGUACAUGCUAUGACUGUAAGAAGGAGCGCUUCGACUGGGACCUUAUAAUGAAACUGCACGAGAAAGGGUGUGGCGUCAUCAACAAACAGCAAUAUGCACGAUGGAGGGAACGGGGUUUGGCGUUUGAAAUGAGGGAAGGUGCCUACCAAAUAACCAAUCAAAGCUUGCUGUCUUCACGAGUGUUCAGUCAGAGAGGGGACAAAGUGGCUGUCAGAGGCUACUGGGGAGACAUUGUUUCCAGCCCUUACCUCUCCUUUGGCAUCAAAACUGAUGACAAGAGCCUGCUGAAGACACAGAAUGGGCAACACAUAAAGACGGCCCAGGAUAUCUCCAUUGCAAAUGUCCAGGAACUGUUCCAGUCGCUGUCCAGUAGACGGGGCUGCCCCACCACUUCUCAGUCAGUCGCAGAGACAGGGGAGCCGUCCCCGUCCCCAGAGGCUGACCCAAAAUCUGUCACCAUUAACGACUUGAUGCAUCUUAGUGGAGUGUCUGUGACCUUCCUGCCUAUGGACUCGCUUAACAAACUGCCAGAAAAACAGAAAUACUCCCACUUCUUCAACACCAUCUAUUUCUCUGCCAGCUGCGCGCACCAGUUGGGCCCGACGAUGAGACAGAUUGCAGCACCAGACGCUGUGCUUGUCGUGGAGUUGGCCAAGUACAUUUUGGAUCUGAAUAAAGAGCAAGAAGCAGGCUUUGCAAAGAAAGUGGCGAGCAUGGCUCUGGAGGCUGGAUUUGAGCCGUGGCGUGAGGGGCAGAGUGAUGACGUCCAUGCUGUUUUCAUACCACAGAGGAAGUAA